AUGGGGUCCGCCUUGACUGUUGUUCAUCACACACUGGUUGGUGUUCGGACGACGGAACUUGCAGCCAUAUUCUUUGCGACAUUUGAGAAUGUCCGCGGAACGGUCAUUGCCUAUCAAUAUCCGGCUAAUUAUGUAACUUCUUCUCAGUUCAAGGAAAUUAGCAAUGCGGUUCUACCGCGAGCCGAACUCGCUUUCCGAGUGAUCACAGUAGAAGCGUUUCAGCACCAUAUCAUUGGUUGUCCACAACGCAUCGAAAGUGUGCGCUAUCAACGCAACACACUUCAGUUCAACAUUUGUCUAGUUAUCAAACCCAAAAGUUGUCACAUUCUGGAUGAUAUCACCGGAUGCCAGUUCGCUACUGACCAGUCUGCUGGUGGAUUGCGUCUUCCGAUUCAACUGGCCUAUGAGGCUCUGGUAUUGAAAAUUAAUCGAUUUUUCUACACACUGGAAGAUGAUUGUGCCUUCUUGUCCAAAUGUAUCGACGAGAGCACUGGAGAGUGGACUGAUGUGAACAUGUCCUGUCUGGAGGCAAUUUUUCAACAGCUGCACACGGAUGGAAUAUGCGUGUACCCGUUCGAAAACUCGGGUUCUCUUUAUUUGCGGGUAAGUAAUUUAUAA